AUUAAUUUGUACGCGUCUGCUCCUGACCUGCAGCUACCUGCUGCAGGCUGUAUGUUCUGCUAACAUCAAAACAAUCAGCUCUUGUACUUCAUUUGUGCUCUAUUACUACUCGCAAUAUCGGCCUGAAGUAUCUUCUGGCACGAACUACAAAAUGGACAACCUCUUUGACACCCUGGCCUCGGUCGCGGGUGCCUCAGUGGAUCAAGUGAAGCUGAUAACAUGCCUCCUGGUGUCCUAUCCGCUGGGUAGCGUUUUCAUUCGAGUCCCUGUCUCGAGGCCAGAUCUACGGCAUCUCUUUAACUUUGCUGUGACCUCUUUCUUCUUGCUUGCCAUCAUGGACAUGUGGUCUGCAUAUGUGCAGCUCCUCACGGAUAUACUCUUGACGUACUACGUCGCUCAAAAUGUCAAGACCGCCCGAAUGCCAUGGAUUGUGUUCGGUAUUACCAUGGGUCAUCUGACAGUCAAUCAUUUAAUACGCCACUUGUUCGCCCUGAGCUACGAGACAUUCGAAAUUACGGGCCCGCAGAUGGUGCUUACUAUGAAACUCACGACAUUCGCAUGGAACGUUCUAGAUGGCCGGAGGCCCGCAGAGGAUCUCGAUAAAUGGCAAACAGAAAAACGCGUAGUCGAGUACCCUUCUCUACUUGCUUUCGUUGGCUACGGCUUCUACUUUCCCGGGUUCCUUGUCGGCCCAUCCCUCGAAUACACAGAUUAUGACAACUUGAUCCAUGGCACCAUGUUCAUGCCACUCAAGGCCGACGAACUGAACCUAGGGAGGAAACGCCGUAAACUCAUCCCCAAGGGCAGGAAGCGCGUGGCAUACAGGCGAAUGAUGCUUGGCCUCAUGUUCUUGGGUCUCUACGUCUUCUUCAGCGGAUCGUUCAGCUUUGCUGUGACUAUUCAAGCGUGGUUCGCCCAGAAGAGCAUUCUGUAUCGAAUUGCUUACUUACAGAUCUGUGGAUUUUUUGAAAGAACCAAGUACUAUGCCGUGUGGGCAUUGGCCGAGGGUGCAUGUAUCCUCACUGGCCUAGGUUUCACUGGCAUGACUGCAUCGGGUCUAUCGCGCUGGGAUGGUGCUGCCAACGUGGACAUCAUGAACAUUGAGUUCGCUCCGAACUUCAAAAUUCUCCUUGAUUCUUGGAAUAUCAAGACAAACGUCUGGCUCAGAGAAUGCAUUUACAAACGGGUGACCCCGAAGGGCAAGAAACCGGGAUUCAGAAGCAGCAUGCUCACGUUCACAACGAGUGCAUUCUGGCAUGGCGUCGCCGGCGGCUACUACUUGACGUUCCUCUUUGGUGGGUUCGUGCAAACAGCGCAGCGCAUGUGCCGACGGCACCUACGUCCGCUCUUCCUCCCCUCGACAUACGUCGCAGAGCGACAUGCCCCUCCGCCUCCGCAGACGCUGCUCAAGCGCAUGUACGAUAUCGUUGGAAUCGCGUGCACAAUCCUCAUCCUGAACUACACCGUGCCACCAUUCAUGCUGCUAACUGUGCGCAAUUCCCUGCUGACAUGGUCGCGCUUGGCAUGGUACGGGCACUGGGUGAUCGGCGGUUCUUUGGUGUUCUUCUACGGCGGAGGCAGGAAACUGCUGAGGAACACGCAGGCUGCGAGGGUCGGAAAGGCUGAGGCACGGUCCGUGGAGGAGCCGGUUGAUAGCGGCACGGUCAGCGAUGGUGAUGCACUCGUCCUACCGCCAUACGACAGAGCGGCAAAGGAGCUGGAGAACCGAGAACUUCUGCCUGCUGUGAGCAAUUCAUAGACUGGGGGGCUACAAACGGACAUCUAUCGGUUUGUGGAUAUUGCAAUGCGACAUAAUAUCAAUGCGUACAGCUACGCUCUACUGUGCUACAUAUGUAUUCUUGAGGGUAAUGCAACUAGCCCACACUCCAA